GCGCUCCAGUCAAGGGACCCAGGAUGCUGCCCUCGUUGCUGUGGUGGGCGCGUUGUCUCGGGGCGCCCCUGCUGCUGCUGGCGAGCUCUGCGCUGGCGGUGUACGCCCUGACCGCCCUGGGCCGCCUCGUGGCCCACCUCGCCCACAUGCGUGCCGCCACGCGCGACAUCCCUGGUCCUCGCGUGGAGCACAUCGUGCGGCUCAUCAGGGCGCGCCGGUCGCCGAGGCUCAUCUCCGACCUGUUCCACGACGUGGCCCGCGAGUUCACCACCAUCUUCAAGUUCUGGACCGGCCCCACGCUCAACGUCAUCCUGCUGCGCGCCGACGACAUCGAGUGCGUCAUGACGGACAAGCGGGUGACGCGCAAGUCGAAGGCGUACGACUUCCUGGGCUCCCUCAUGGGCGAGGGCCUGCUGCACCUGAGCGGCGAGCCCUGGCGGCGGCGACGGCGCAUCGUGGAGCCCUGCUUCCGACCCGAAGUGCUGCGCGGCUUCCCGGCAGUCUUCCACGACCGCGCGCUCGUCCUGGUGGAGCACCUGCGGCCGGCCGCGCUCUCCGGGGAGGUGGUGGACGUGGGCCCGCUGCUGGGGCAGGCCGUCACGGACAUGGUGUGCCACACCGUGAUGGCGGCCGACGUGGACACGCGCGCCAUGGAGCAGGAGGGGCUGUCCCGCGCGCUGGGCAACGGCUUCGCCAUCAUCCUGUACCGCGUGUUCAACCCGUGGUUCAUGUCCGACUCGCUGUUCCGCCUGUCGGCCUUCUACAAGUACUACAAGCAGUACAUGAACCUGUUCGACGACUUCACGAUGCGGCUGCUGGCCGCCAAGCGCAGAGAGCGCCAGCGCCUCCCGGCCCACACUCUGACCGACAAGCCGACCCUCGGCGUCCCCAGGAGGCGCUCCGCCUUCCUCGACGUCAUGCUGGACACGACGGAGGCCGCACCCUUGAGCGACGCCGAGCUCAUGGACGAGGCCAAGACCCUCAUCACCGCGGCCACGGGGGGCUCGACGGACGCGGUCGGCUUCGUGCUGCUCUGCAUCGCCCUGCGCCAGGACGUGCAGGAUAGGAUCGUGCAGGAGCUGAGCGACGUGUUCGGCGAGGACGUGCAUCGCGUCGCCACCGUGGACGACCUGCGCCACCUGGACUACCUGGAGAGGGUCAUCAAGGAGACCCUGAGGAUGUUCCCGUCCAUCCCGCAGUUCGGCCGCUCCAUCUCCCAGGACAUGACCCUGCCGUCGGGCUACACGGUAAGGACGGGCCGCCAGUUGUGGUCUAGCCCGUAAUGGUAAUGGCAAUGGGUGCCUAGGCCUUCCCGCCACGCGCUCACGCGCGCGGGUUGCCUACGCACGACUUCGCAGGCGGCAGUGGCAGGUUGUAGGCAGCAGGUAGCGUUGUUAGCCGACGAUGUUGGCCUGGGAUCGAGGAGUACGAAUCCCUGAUUGUUCAAAACUGUC